AUGGGGGAAAAACAUAACCACAGGUUGAAGCUGUUAAUUGAGCAGGACAAGGUCUACCAAGAACGAAAAGAUCAAGAGAGCAACAAAAAGAUCACGAGUCUGAAAGAAGAGCUGACUAAACUCAAAUCUUUUGCGUUGAUGGUCGUGGAUGAACAACAGCGUCUCUCCGAGCAGCUGACCCAACAGACGGCCAAGGUCCAGGAACUGAGCGCCAUCUCCUCGCGCGCCCAGGAAGAGCUUACCUCGGCUAAUGCUCGUCUGCAGGAAGAGGAGCAGAAGGUCUUUCGCUUGGAGGCGGAGCUGCACGGCCAAACCGGUCGUUACCACCAGGAGCAAGACGCCAUGACGGCCAAGCUGACCGCCGAGGACGCCCAAAACAGGCACCUCCGCCAGAAGCUGUCGGCCCUCAGCCGGCAGCUGGACGAGCUGGAGGAGACCAACAAGACCCUGCGGAGGGCGGAGGAGGAGCUCCAGGAGCUGAGGGACAAGAUCAGCCGCGGGGAGUGCGGCAAUUCCAGCCUCAUGUCCGAGCUGGAGGAGCUACGGAAGCGGGUGCUCGAGAUGGAGGGCAAGGACGAGGAGCUGAUCCGCAUGGAGGACCACUGCAGGGACCUCAACAAAAAGCUGGAGAAGGAGGCCAACCAGAGUAGGUGCUUGAAAGCCGAAGUGGACAAGCUGAAUCACAGGAUUAUGGAGUUGGAGAAGUUGGAGGACGCGUUCAGCAAGAGCAAACAAGAGUGCGGCUCAGUCAAGAUUAACUUGGAAAAGGAGAGGACGGUGUCAAAGGUUCUGACCGGUGAGCUGGAAGCUUUGAACGUCAGGGUCAAGGAGCUGGAGGCCGCCGAAAGCCAGCUGGGAAAGACCGAGACGGCCCUGAAGGAAGACCUGACCAAGCUGAAGACUCUGACGGUCAUGCUGGUGGACGAGAGGAAGGCGAUGGCGGAAAAGCUCAAGCAGAUGGAGAACAAGGUGCAGAACAGCACGGGCAAGCUCCAGGCCGAGCAGGACAAGGUGACGUCGGUCACGGAGAAGCUCAUCGAAGAGAGCAAGAAAGCGCUGAGAUCAAAGGCGGAGCUGGAGGACAAAAUGUGUGGUGCCACGAAGGAAAGAGACGACCUGAGAGCCAAGCUGAAAGCCGAGCAAGAGAACAGCAAAGACUUGGAGUCUAAGAUCAACAUGAUGAAGAAACGGCUUCAAUCACUCGAAACAAUCGAGAGAGAACACCUUAGGAACAAAGCUAAAGAGGAACACAUUAAAACGCCUCUCGCUAACCGCUUCCAGCAGGAAGACAACAAAGUAAAGGAUUUGACUCAGGAGGUCGAACGUCUCAGAAGCAAAUUAAAGGACAUGAAAGUGGCCGAGGGGGAUCUGUUGAAAACGGAGGAGUUUGAAACACUGGAGAAAAGAUUCGCCAGUGAGCAAGAGAAAGCGAAAGCCUUAAUGGAGGAGCUGGAGAUAUCCAGGAAGGAGCUUUCGAAGUACCAGCUGGCCGAGAAGAAAGAGUGCAACCAAGAGAACGUGCUGUACAAACGGCUGAAGGAGGAGGAGGCCAAGUCGAGCCAUUUGACCAGGGAGGUGGCGGCGCUGAAGGAGAAGAUCCACGAGUACAUGGGAACGGAGGAGUCCAUAUGCCGCGUGAAGACCGACCACUCCACGCUGCAGAGAAAGCUGACCCAGCAGGAGGUCAGAAACAAAGAGCUGGCCAGAGAAAUGGAGACGCUCACCCGGGAGCUGGAGCGAUACAGGCGCUUUAGCAAAAGCCUUCGUCCCGGCAUGAACGGGAGGCGCUUCUCGGACCUGCACGUGUCCUGCAAGGAGGUCCAGACCGAGCCGCUCGACUUCCUGCCCCCCGACUGCAAAGCCGUGGCUCCCCUGGAAUGCGCCGUGGUCAACGGGAAGCUGUACCGCGAGAGCGAGGCCGAAGAGAACGCCAACUACAGCAACGAGUUCCAGCUGGCCAAACGCGGCCCCUCGCUCAUCAACAACGUGAACAACCUCAACAACAGCCUGAGGCGCUCCCGGGGCCCCUUGCUCAAGAGCAAGGACGCCCCCCAUCAGGUGAACGGGAAGGUGCAGCUGCGGCAGAACGGCAACCACGUCCAGCCUGGAGACGUGGUGCUGACCCACAGCCCCGGGCAGCCCCUGCACAUCAAAGUGACCCCCGACCACGGACACAACACGGCCAUGCUGGAGAUCACCAGCCCGACCACGGAGAGCGCCCAGUCUUUUACCAGCACUGCCGUCAUACCCACAAGCGGAGGUCCGCCCAAGCAAAGAAUCACCAUAAUCCAGAGCGCUUCCAUAUCCCCUACCGCGAAAUCCAUUUCCCCUACGGCUAAAUCCAAGUCUCCCUCCAUGUCCGAUGAGCCGUGUUCCCCGGAUAGGGCCCUGUCCCCUUUCACCAUGGCUUCUUACUCCAGGACGAUGACCCCGGACUCUUGCGGAUCAAUGACACCGGACAGAGCCAUGUCGCCAAUCCAGAUUGUAUCGGUCGUGACGGGGACCCCCGAUCGCUCCGUCUCGGCGGAGCCGGGGGAGGUCGGCGCGGGAGGCCACGCCGUCUUCCGCGUGACCCCGGAGAGGCCGGGCGGCUGGCAGGUCCAGAGGUCCAACAGCUCGGGGCCGAACGUCAUCACUACGGAGGACAACAAGAUCCACAUCCACCUGGGGAGCCCCUUCAUUCCGUCCCAGACGCCUAACCCUUGCGGCGCGCCCGGCGUCCAGGAGCAAAGGAGCCAGGCGGCCGUCCCCCCCGCGUCCAAAGGCGGCGGCAAAAUCACGAGUAGCAUCACGAUUAAGCCCACCUCCACCCCAGUCCAAAGGCCGUCCCAGAUUACAAUACCACUUGAAGCAUUCCAACGUCCAGGACCCACGAGGAUACCCAAACCAAAGGGCUACAGCUCCCCGAAAGGCCCGAACAACACGGUGGCUGGCCCGGGACCUCAGAGCAAAAGCCACCUGCCUCAGGCCCACACGUCCUCGUCCCACAACAACAACCCAAAUCUGGUCAACCGGAGACUGUGA